AUGGCUUUGAAUAAUCUGAGAGUGUUCUUCUUCCUCGCGAUGGUGGUGUGCGCCGCACACGCGGGCAAGCCAGCCCCAAAGGGGAAGGAAGAGAAAGCCGAUUCCGCCGCGGCACCCUCCGGCGCCGCUGGUGGCGGCGAUUCCUCCGACAUUUCCAAGCUGGGAGCCAAGGGCGACGGCAAGACCGACAGCAGCAAGGCGCUGAACGAUGCGUGGGCGACGGCGUGCGGCAAGGAGGGGCCGCAGACGCUCAUGAUACCCAAGGGAGACUACCUGACGGGGCCCCUAAACUUCACCGGGCCGUGCAAGGGCUCCGUCACCAUCCAGCUCGACGGCAACCUGCUCGGCACCACCGAUCUUGGCCAGUACAAGAGAAACUGGAUCGAGAUCAAUCAUGUCGACAACCUCGUCAUCACCGGCAAGGGCACCCUCGACGGCCAGGGCAAGCAAGUCUGGGACAGCAACAAAUGUGCCCAGAAAUAUGACUGCAAGAUCCUGCCCAACUCUUUGGUGCUGGACUACGUGAACAACGGCACCGUCUCCGGGAUCACGCUUCUGAACGCCAAGUUCUUCCACAUGAACGUGUUCCAGUGCAAGGGCAUGAUGAUCAAGGACGUGACCAUCACUGCUCCGGGAGACAGCCCCAACACGGACGGCAUUCACAUCGGUGACUCGUCCAAGGUCACCAUCACCGGCACCACCAUCGGCACAGGUGACGACUGCAUCUCCAUCGGCCCUGGCAGCACCGAGAUCAACAUCACCGGCGUCACCUGCGGCCCCGGCCACGGCAUCAGUGUCGGCAGCCUGGGCAGAUACAAGGAUGAGAAGGACGUGACAGACAUCAACGUCAAAGACUGCACGCUCAAGAAGACCAGCAACGGCGUCCGGAUCAAGUCCUACGAGGACGCCGCGUCGAAGCUCACCGCCUCCAAGCUCCACUACGAGAACAUCGCCAUGGAGGACGUGCAAAACCCUGUCAUCAUCGACAUGAAGUACUGCCCCAACAAGAUCUGCACCAAGAACGGCGCUUCCAAGGUCACCAUCAAGGACGUCACCUUCAAGAACAUCACUGGCACCUCCGCAACGCCGGAGGCUGUCAGCCUGCUCUGCUCCGACAAGCUGCCAUGCACCGGAGUCACCAUGGAUAACAUUAAGGUUGAGUACAAGGGCACCAACAACAAGACCAUGGCGGUCUGCCAGAAUGCCAAGGGCUCUGCCACGGGCUGCCUCAAGGAGCUGGCUUGCUUCUGAAGUUCUGAUUGAUCGAUCCAUCCAUAUACAUUCGUUAUCGUCUCCUCCAACCCUUUUCUUCACAAAAGAAGAUCCCCAUCGGUCCAAGGAUCAUCAGCCAAUGCCCUUCUACAACUUAAUUACUAACAAGACACUAGUGUUUAUCUGUAAUCCUCCUAUAUGCAUGGCAUCUGCGCCGUGGACUAGCUUAUUCCCCGCCUUCAUACGGGUGGUGUCAUGAGGAGGCCG